AUGGACCACUGCCGGUUUGGCGCGAGAUGCAACAACAAGAACUGCAAGUAUCGACAUGAUGGCAUCGGCGCAGCGCGUUCAGGCGCCGCCCAGCGAUCGGAGAAGGUCUGCGUCUUUUUUCAGCAAGGGAAGUGCGUCAAGGGCGCCGAGUGCACGUAUAGACAUGAGCGAGUGUCUCGUGCCGAAGGCCUUGCAGCUGAAUCGCCGGUCCUCGAUCUCCGGUCUCUGAUAACGUGCAAAUUCCACAUAGAGGGCAAGUGCUUGAAAGGGAGGGAGUGUCCCUAUGCUCAUCCAGAGAAUACAGCAGCAGAUGGCCCAGAGGCGGACGACACUGCCGACUCAUUUCAGCGCAUUUAUUCAGGUGCCCAUGUCUGUUUCACAGCAGGCGGCGCCGUAUCCAGCAUUGCACUGACGCACGAGUUCUCCACUGUCCGUCUGACCGGACUUCCUCUGAGCACCACCAAGUCAUCAGCUCACGAGUUCGUCAACGCCCUCGGAUGCGCAAUACCUGAAACUGUCACAAUCGAGGUGCUACCAACUGCUGCCUCUGCAGUGGUAUACGUGACAGCGCAAGACUCGACUUUCGCCAGGACAUUUUGUGCGAACCUCAAGGCCAAUCCGUUCAAUAGAGCUGAUUUAAGCGGAGUCAACGCAGCGAAGGUGCGAACACGACUUCCAGGCUGGACAGCCACCGGCUACUCGAGGCGUGACAAAGUCGCAGUGACAUGGCAAAAUCCCACUCGGUCUGCAGAGCUUCGAUACCGGCCAUCGGACGAUAUCACAGCAUUGGUGGUCCACGCUCUGUUCAAGACCGGCACUUUGAAGCUUUGCGGCCAGAAAGUGUACGCAGGCGGAACGCCAACACUGCAAGGUCGCUGGACUACGCUUGUUUUGCAGAACGUGCCCUUCAACAUCACGGAGGCCGACAUCGAGAACAGUAUACCCACUGCCUUCCACCCUGAAGAAGUCGAAAUACCCGAUGUCGAUGAUGACGGCCCGGAAGCUGCAUCAGCACUGAUCGAGAGUCUGCUCAGCAAGAUUGGACCACUUGAGUUCACAGAGGUGACAGGUCCCCAUCGCAAGUAUUCGAAAGCCAUAGCACGGUACUUCGAUGAGAGCGAUGCCAAAGACGCUGUGGCGAGACUACAAGCUACCACUUGCGACUUUCUGAAUGGCGGACAGCUGAAGCUUGAGCUCCUGACUUCUUACACAUUCCGCGUGGCGAAGCUGAUCUACGAUAGCGUGGAAGAUCAGCUCGCCAACCUUGUCGCAGACUGUGAGGACAAUAAGGUCAUGUACAAAGUGUCCUUCGACCCUCGGAGACGCUUCGCCACGAUCAGGCUGGAGAGCGUGAGCUCGUCCAACGUGGUUGCAGCCACCAAGACUGUCAAAGCUAUCACGGAUGGCAUCCUCAUGGAAGAUGACGAUGGACCAAUUUGGAAACCUUCGCUUCGACACGAGAGCCAUACUUCAGCUGCAGUACAGCGCCUGGCAGACAUCUGGGGCGUCAGAAUCCUGUGCCAUCAAGCGAAGCGCAACAUACGAUACUACGGACCACCCGAACACUUUCGCUACAUCAAGCAAGCCGUGUAUGGUCUGCUUAGAGCAGGCACAGCGACUAGCAGGAGUCUUCCGCUCGAUGACUCGCAAUUCAAGUGGACAUGCCAACAAGGACUCGCACAGAUCAGAACUCGACUUGGAGCAGACAACGUAUCGCUGGACAUUAUCUCACGACCCAAGAAAUUGAAGGUCACCGGCUCCGAGACUACCUUCCAGUGGGCUGCGGGCCUCCUCGCGAUGCACAAAGGCGACAGCAGCUUUCCUGACUGCACCAUCUGCUUCACGCCAGCAGAUGACCCUUUAACGCUAUCUUGCGCUCACGUAUACUGCCAUGAGUGCUUCGAGGGCCUCUGUACUUCGACGGACGCAACAACAGCAGACUUCAAGAUCAUAUGCCGAGGCCAAGAUGACCAGUGCAUGCGUGCCGUUCCACUCAAGGAGGUCCAAGCUCACUUAGCACCAGGUAUUUUGGAAGAAGUGCUGGAGUCUUCUUUCGUAAGUCACAUCCGCCGAAGACCUCAACAUUACCGAUACUGUCCUACGCCAAACUGUGGACACAUCUUCAAGCUCCGCCAAGAUCAGCUCGCCGAACACCGGCACUGUUCUCAGUGCUUUGGCGUUAUCUGUACCUCGUGCUUCGAACAACAUGAUGAAUCGCUAUCUUGCGAAGAACACAGAGAUUUGUCGACUGGAGGCUAUGAAGCCUUCGAGCGCUUUAAGAGAGCUACUGAUGUCAAGGACUGCCCACGGUGCAAGACGCCGCUUGAGAAGAUUGGUGGCUGUAACCAUAUCACGUGCGGUGGCUGUAGAGCUCAUAUCUGCUGGGUUUGCUUGGCGACUUUUGACACGCGAGAGCCUUGCUACGUGCACAUGAAUGAUGCGCAUGGUGGGAUUGGACUACCGGCGGAGGCCAAUGGCGAUGAUGACGAUGAGGACUAG